AUGCCUGCAGACAACCAGCCAGAAGAUGGCGCUGCGAGAGGCAUUGCAGACGGGAUUUUGCCAACACACACAUUCGUUGCCAACCAGGGUUAUACGGAUACUGGUUCAGCAAAUCUGCAGCGAAGAUUGGCGCCUGGAAAUUUCAUACAGGAAGACGACGAAUACUCCGAUGAAGACGAGGAUGGAUAUUAUGAAGAUUACGACGCUGAUGAAACACUCGACGACCCCGAACAACUUGGCUCAUCAAAUCCCGCGGACCUGACCAAAUCCUAUAAUAGACAGAGACGACUCAAUGAGGUUGCGGUAGACUCAAGUGUACCCUCCUGGCAGCAUCCAAAAUCGAAUCCACAAAAACCGCCGAAACCGAAAAUGGGCGAACUCGGUUACGAUACGAAGAAGCUCAGGAUUGAAGGCCCUGAAUCACUUCCAGGAGGGUCACGGCAGCGCGACAAGAGCGACCGGGCUACCACGGAACAAGUGCUCGACCCAAAGACCCGACGGAUUCUCUUCCAAAUGAUCAACUCUGGCAUCGUGACAGAAAUCAACGGAACUAUCUCCACCGGAAAGGAAGCGAAUGUCUAUCACGGCUUAUUAGCAUCUGAGGAUGAUACACUGCCGGACAUGCAUGUCGCUAUAAAAGUAUACAAGACUAGCAUUCUCAUCUUCAAAGACCGUGAGAAAUACGUGACGGGUGAAUUUCGGUUCCGCAAGGGAUUCAAUAAAGGUGACAACAGGGCGAUGGUGAAACUGUGGGCAGAAAAGGAAAUGCGAAAUCUGAAACGAAUACAUGCUAGCGGGAUCCCGUGCCCGGAGCCGCUCUAUCUUCGACGACAUGUUCUUGGGAUGAGCUUCAUCGGUGACUCCAAGGGUAAGGCAGCCCCUCGAUUAAAGGACGUGGAGUUCGUCGAAGAAGAUCCGCUGGCACGAUGGCGGGCCGUUUACAUCGAUAUUCUCGCAUAUAUGCGCAUCAUGCUACAACAGUGCAAACUCGUCCACGCUGAUCUGAGCGAAUACAACAUUCUGUACCACAAUCACCGGCCCUAUAUCAUCGACGUGAGCCAAAGCGUGGAGGGCGAUCACCCUCGCAGUCUCGAUUUUCUGCGCAUGGACAUCAAGAACAUGUCCGAUUUCUUCAGGCGCCAAAGCGUGUCCGUCUUGUCCGACAAACAAGCAUUCGGAUUCAUUACGAAUUUGACGUCUAGUAGUGCUAGUCUCGAGUUUGAUUCCUUAAGAGCAGGAAUUGACAAGAUCAUGGCCGAACGGACCGGUCAAGAGGAGGAGGACGAAGUUGAAAACGAGGUGUUCCGCAAGCAAUAUAUUCCCCAGACGCUGGAUGAGGUCUACGAUGCAGAACGAGACGCGAGCCAAAUCAAGACAUCGGGCCGCGAGACACUCGUCUACAAGGAUCUACUCGCCCCCUCAAAAGAGGAACUCCUCAAGCAUGCAGCGGCCGAAGACCCAUCAAAUAACACAUCCACACUCACAUUCCGCCCCACGCACACCGAGAACGCACCCUCGACAGCAUUUUCAGACGAAGGCCAAGCUGAAGGUGGCGUCUCCUUAGGCCCGGGCCACGCACAGACAUCUGACUCCGCGUCGCACGAGGGGGGCAGUGCGCACUCGAACUCCGACGGUGACUCUGACGCCUCCUUUUCGGAAGACGAUGGGCCCCCGCGCGGCAAGCGCUUCCAAGACAAGGACAGCAAGCGCGAGCACAAGAAGAAAGUCAAGGAGGAGAAGCGGGAGAAGCGUGCCAGCAAGAUGCCAAAAGCGGUCAAGAAGAAGUUGGUCUCUCAAAGCGCGAGGCAUAAGCAUUGA